AUGAGUCUCUCACCGCCUCCCAUCUCUCUCGAUAUCGAAUUCCGUCUCACACCCGCCCAUUCUAUUCCGAUGGUCUCGCAGCUAUCGCGCCGGGUGACAGUGCCUCAGGAUCUAUUCACUAGAAAGGAAGUCGAGACUGUCGAGCAGCUAGCCAUGGAACUAGUUGUGAAACGCAGUCCUACGCACUCGAAGACCAUCCACUGGGACGAGCUGGAGGACUGGCAGAAGGAUAAUGAGUACAUUCUCUAUGGAUACCGACGGAUCCAAUACCACUGGUACGGUUGCGUGUCCUCUAUAUUUACCUAUCUCCACAACGAAACAGUCAACAUUCAUACCCACCUGUGGGGCUCAGCUCUCUUCGCUUAUUUUCUCUCAACCUAUUACGAUUCAUAUAUCGACCUUCACGCCAUCUCGACGUGGAAAGAUGUUGCGGUCGUUGGCAUUUUUUUGUCAUCGGCGAUGUUCUGCCUUGCAGCAAGUGCUUUCUACCACACAUCGGGGUGCCAUUCGAACGAGGUUACUUCAUCCUGCCACGCCUUCGACUACUCCGGCAUCAUUAUUCUCAUCGUUGGAUCAUUCUUCCCGUCAAUCUACUAUGGCUUUUACUGCUAUCCACAUAUUCAAAAGUUUUAUCUGAGCUUGAUAUCGCUGGCGGGAUUGGGUGCGGCUUACAUCGUGCUCAACCCCGAAUACGCUAAACCGACGCACCGAGGAGCUCGCACAGCGGUCUUUAUCGGUCUCGGCUUGUGCGCUAUCGUGCCAACGUCACAUAUGUUUCUGACACACCCCUUCGAUGAACUCGUGUCGAAGAUGGGUGUUGAUUGGCUGGUGGCAUCCGGCGCUCUAUAUAUCGUCGGCGCGUUACUUUAUGCCAACCGCGUCCCAGAGCGCCUUGCGCCAGGUUGUUUCGACUAUUUGUUAGCUUCGCAUCAAAUUUUUCACAUCUGCGUCGUCCUGGCUGCUUGGGCACAUUAUCAAGGCGUGUUGGCGUGCCUGCAAUACCGAAUGUCGCAGCCUGUUUGUGUACCGUAA